AAGUAAUAGUAAUACUAUUAUUAGCCAACUAUAAAUACAUCUGUAAUCUUCCUGAUCUGUUCCUUCCCCAACAAAAAUCAGAAAAUCAGAAAAUCAAACAUCAGCUUUCUCUCUCUAAAUCUACACUCCUUUUUAUCUCUCUAAAGAAUCAACAACAACAAGCAAUGGGCGUCGGCAAAGACUCGCCAUCAACCGCGACCACCACGCUAAUAUUCACCUACGGAACAUUAAAAAAGGGCUUCUCAAAUCACGUGUUAAUGCAAGAUCUGAUGCGUUCAGGCGACGCCGUUUUUAAAGGCACUCAUCGAACGGUCGACAAAUUUCCUCUCGUUUGUGGACCCUACAGAGUCCCAUUCCUUCUCAAUUUCCCCGGCGCCACCGGGUCUCAGCGAGUUACCGGCGAAUUAUACGCCGUUACUCCGCGAGGAUUGGCCCGACUUGAUGAGCUGGAAGGGAUUAAUCGGUGUCAUUACGAGAGACUACCGAUUACGGUGGCGGAAGCGGCGAUGAAAGAGAGAGACGACGGUGAGGAAGCGGCGGUGGAGGUGGAGGCGUAUUUUGCGCAUAAGAGUUAUGCGACGGAGAUGUGGAAACGGAACGGAAAAAGAGGAUACGGCGGUUACGGUGAGAAGGAAGCUAAAGGCUAUGUGAAGAGAAAAGACAGGCCGCAGAAUUUGAGUUUCUUGGAGCAGAUUGAAAUUUUUGUGUCGUCGUCUCCGAUUGAUGCUAAUUGUUAAUUUUAUGAUUAGUUUAUAAAAUUGUGUAAUUAAUAUGUUUGAUCGGAUUAAUUAGCAAAUGUUUUAUGUUUUGCUAUUGGAAGAUGAUGAUCAAAUAGUGAAUGGGAUUGGGUUAAUUUCAA